AUGCUCAACAAGAAAUCCGAAUUCCUGGAGACGAAAAUCGCAGCCGAACUCGCCAGUGCAAAGAAGCACGGGACGAAAAACAAACGACAAGCUCUCAAUGCUCUCAAGCGCAAGAAACGACUUGAAAAACAGCAAGAACAAAUUGACAACACAUUGACAACAAUCGAGUUCCAGCGAGAAGCGCUUGAAAACGCCCAGUCCAACGCCAACAUCCUCGAAAACAUGAACGUCGCGGCGAAAGCAAUGAAGAACGCUGCGAAUGGAAUGAGCGUGGACAAGGUCGACGACAUGAUGGACGAGAUUCAAGAAGCGAGCGACGUCGCCCAGGAGAUUUCUGAUGCUAUUUCCAGGCCUAUGGGAUUCAACAGCGAAUUGGACGACGACGACCUUUUGGCAGAACUUGAAGAGCUCGAACAAGAAGAACUGGACUCUGAAAUGCUGAACAUUCCUUCGACCUCGCAGGAGCCGACGCUCAAUCUUCCCGCAGCUCCGACGAAAGCCCCUGCCGCGCCGGCGAAAGAAGUCGACGACGAUCUCGCCGAUUUGGAGCAGUGGAUGGCCAACUGA